AUGACUAGAUUCUGCAAAAGCAGCUUCGAGCACUACACUUGCUCGGUACUCGUGGAGCUGCACGUUAGCCGCCGUGGUGGCUCCCCAGCCCUUUUCCAGCUUUUGGAAAAGUUGACGAUCAAGUUGCAUAGAAGGACCAGGCAUGGCUGCAGGAUGAUAAACAAUCCACAAAAAAUACCUCGAGAAAAGGAUAGACCCAUGUUCAAGUUCUAG